AUGGAACCCUUAACACAACUCCUCAAUAGCCCACUAGAUGAGAGCUUUGCAGCCCUCUCCAUGGGAGGGGAAAUAGCACCAUUACGUGCUGCAAGGUCCAUCAACCCAUUUCUGGAGUUUCUGAGUCCUGUACAAGAAAUAAACCAACUGGAAAGUCUCAUACACGACCACCUUCUCCCAAAUCUGCAAAGGCGCCGAAAUUUAACUCGAUUGACACCGAACGACCCCUUUUUUCAAAAUGCGAGAGAAAUUUGGGAAAGGGAAGGCUGGACUGGCGAAGGCCUAUCUAAUUACGAAACAUUGCUCUGUGGGAUUUUGGACUUUCCGGUUAUUCUGUUGCUCAACCCAAGUGGCUGGGACCACCUUCCCUGGGAUGAAAUGGUUCAGAGUUCGCCUACAUUGAGAUGGUUACAACGGAUGCUGGAACCCUUAGGCCUCACUUUGAGGGACAUCAUCAUCAUCGACGCAUUUCCCCUGUUAACGGAUCAGAAAAUGGAUAUCAUGGGAAAUGCUGAAAAGGUGCAAUUAUCUCAUGACGUAUUCAACCUUACUAUUGAAUUUCUUCGCCGAUUCAAACCACGGGUCAUGAUCUCCUGUCAAUGUGCGACCAAAUCAUCACACCCACGCUGGGGCAUUGUCAACCAUCCCCUUGCGGCAUCACUUUGCUCAUCUGUCAGCGAAGCACGACGUCGACGUGUGUCCCAUAUGGCUCUGGAUGAGCACACCAUUCAUGUCGUCCGAGGUUUCCACCCUAUGCAUAUCGAACGUCAAGAGGAUCCAAGGAUCCGUGCAGAUCUUGAUCAAGUUCUCCGCAGAACACUAGAGGCACUUUACCGGCCAUGUGCUGACUGGAGAGAUCAGAGUCGCCAGGAAUAUGAAGAAAAUAUUGCUACGGCAGCGGAAGAAGUGAACGUUACGAUGAGGGCUUUCUUUCAGGCCAUCAGUGCAUACCGUCGGUACCAGCGCCGAGCUACCGAGUUUGGGACAGAUCCUGCUCGACUGGGGCGCUAUUAUGAUAUUUCUGAUUAUAGAAACUUCAAAAGAGAUGUUCAGUCAUUUGUGUCUACAAUGAUACCAGGGUCCUUAUGA